UGUAGACAAGAAAGACUCUCCGUUUUUCGUCGCAAACACAUCAUCGGACGUUUGACUCUGUUUGACAUAGAUGUGUGUAAGUAAAGGUCACCGGAAGCUAGUGGUUGCUGGGGCAAACCUCGGAACAAUGAAACAAGUCCGGAUUUGUUUAAGUUUUGUGAGACUUAUAAAGCACACCGAUCCAAUGGAAACAGAACAAAGCAAUGGGGAGUGAUCGAAAAUUAUAUUCAAGAGCCGCGUGAAUCCACUUGAAGAAGCAGCCUGACUGAGCGGCAAGGGGAGAGCACUCCAAGCAAAGGCUCUCUGGCCAGCGGAGUAGCGUUUAGUGUGGAGAAUGUGGUCGCAGUGCAUCAGAAGCUGAACGAAGGUAUAUAAGGUAUAUCAUGAAGAGAGACAGGAUCAAGAUACUGAUGGAGCUAUUGUCUAGAAAAGUCAGUCAAGUUUGUAGGUGACUCGGCGGUGAUAGUCAGUGAAGGGAGGCAAGCAGACGGCGGGUAGGCGGAAGUGAGCAGUCGUCAUGCGCCCUCAGUACCAACUGGGCAGCAAUGCGGUAAAUGGUGUGGAAUGUGAGAACAGAGAAGCCAUCAAACUAACAAAAAAGGAAUUGCAGUAAUCCAAGCGUGAGAAAAUACGGGACAAAGCUACUCAAAUAUCAAAGGAUAAUGGAGAGGCGUCGGCGAUUUUUAAAAAGUUGUCACCAAAGAGUCCGCCGUGGAGCUGUCAUCUUUGGUCUCCUUCUCCUGAUCGCGGUUACAGAGACGAGUGGAAGGCCCGCAAAUCAAAAUCGAAACAAACCAAGAAGCGGGCAGGUAAACAGGACGAGACAAGACAGGAACCACCAGCAUUCAAACUGCAAACCGUUGCUUACAGCAGCUUUAAAGCACGCCCAGGCACUGAACAGUUCCAUACAGAAUCGAAUCAACUAUACCGCAAGCAAACUGGAAACAGAAUUUAAAAAACAGAUUCCAAAGAAUCGGUACUCCAAUGAGACAGAAUGUAGUGUCCCAGACAGCAAGCGCUUAAUAUUUUUCCGUAAUUGUUUCACUCACUUGAAUAACUCUGACAAAUGCCCUCCCAAGAUGCAUCGCGCGCUAUCACAUGUCAUCAACUCUCUGAAAGACCUCAACAAGGGCCUUCGUAUCCCCAAGACAAACCAGAAAAAUGAACCCAGCUGCAACUUUGAAGUCACGAAUGCUGAUUUAGCUGGUGAGUACGCUCAGUUCUAUUCCGAAAAACUUUUGGACAAUUUGAAAAAGCUGCGGUGUCAAGAAGAGAAGCAGAACGGAAGGAAUAAAAGAAAAGAAAAGAACAAAGGAGGAAAGGAAAGUACAGAAGGAAGAAAAAGAAAACGGAGAAGAAAGAAUAAAUCCCCCACAAGCAGUGUUAGCCCAGUGUAAAAUUGUUGUCACUUCAACGGAAAAUGAGAAAAAAGCUCGAAAGCUAAAAGAUGUGCAGACAUGGUCGUUUUCUACAAACAUUGGGGUUUACUGCAAUCAAUGUUAAUCUUUCUCAAAGGUCUUUAUUUAAAGCGCCAUCUGCUGGUUGACUGCACGACUGUGUCACGUGGUGUAGUGCAGACCCUAGGGACCCUGACGUCGUCAAGCCUGGUGUGGACAUUGGCUGUAGGGACCCAGCCGCUCGUAUUGCUGACUUCCAGUGUGGAAGUGGUACAGUGAUCUCAUUAAUACAAACAAAUUAUCUGGACAACAUUGAGAGUGAAAGAACAGUGCCAAGGCUGUAUAAAUGGAGAAAAGACUGAAAGUUUUUCGUUGAUUUUACUGCUUGAAAUUUUGUUUUAUAGGGAAGACUAAUUUUUUCCCUGAUUUACAUAAUUUUUAAAAUGUGCAAUAAGUAGAAGACAGGGCUUAAUAAUGACUACAUUACUCCAUUAUCAUUAACAGAAGUAUAUAUAUGUGUGUGUGUGAGAGAGACAUAUUUUCAAAGCUGCUCUAGUCCAAAGAUUUAAUCCGGUUCUUUUAUGUAGAACUGGCAAACUUUGUGUCAAAUGUUUCACAGCACUUCUCUAACUUCCACAUAUGUUACAUGUGAACUGUGUUUUUUUCUCCUUUUGUAUCCCAUUUCUUAUAUUCACUUACUCAGUCCCUCCGUUGUGUCAUUCACCCAGACCUCUGUGACACUGCGCGAGUGUUCUUCACCUCUCUCAUGAUUGCUUUUGUAAAUAAUCUUUCGGAUUGCAAAUAUUCAUCUUGAUUUCCAGCACAACUGAAAUGUAACAUUUACAUUGAUUGUUGGUCAUUGUGUACAUUGAGAAAAAUACAUUUACGUUUAUGUGGCUUGAAGACAAGGAGAGGGCUUCUCCUUGCUCGUUGCAUCAUUACUACACGCUCACCAUGUCAUUAUGUAUGUGCUAUGCACAAAUUCUUACAGUGUAUGUCAUUAAGACAAUAAAGACUAUAAACAACGCUAUCUGAACUUGACUGAACAGGUGUUUGGUGUCGACAGGGCAGAGAGGAUAAGAACGAACGAGCAAAACCGAUAAUUACUGACAUUUGUGUGUGUGUGUGUGUUUUAAUGUCACCUAUAUGUAUGGGUAUAAUUAUAGACAGAUACAGGCACAUCUGUAUGUGUCUAUGUAGGUAUACAUAUGUAUAGGUAUACUUUUAUAUACGUGUUAUACAGACA